AUGGGCAUGCGAGACCCCCUACUCGAGGCCAUGGCCGAAGUCAAGGUCAACGGCAACCAACUGCGCAAACAGGCAGCCAAGGCAGAAGCCUCCGCCCGCGCACAGGAAGACAAAGCUACAAAAGCCAUGAAGAAGGGCCAGUUCCAGAUCUCUCGCAUCCAUGCCAGUUCUGCCAUUCGGGAGAAACGUCGCUCCGUCACGCUCCUCUCUAAAUCUGCGGAGGCAGAUGUCAUAUACAGUGAUCUGUCGGCCGCCAAAAGCACACGCGAUUCCACACGCUCUCUUAUGAAGGCAUCCAAAGCACUCGACACGGCCUCUAGAAGCAUAAACCUUGAACGCACUCUUGCCGUUGCCAACCAAUUCGUCUCUCGAUCGGAGGACUUUAAGCUUGCGGGGUCUGCGCUUGAGGGGGUGUCUAAGGAUGUGCAGAUGCAGGAGUAUGGGGCUGAGGGCGAUGAAGACGUUGAUCGCCUGAUGGAACGGCUGGCAGACAGUGCGGGUGUCGAUUUGCGACAGGGCCUGGAGGAGCACGCGGCGCCGCGAGAAGAGCUUACUGCUGUGAGCAGCGGGAAGCAGAAGGAGGCAGACUUUGAGGACGGGUUGGCCGGUAAUGCGAUAUCUCCUUUAGACGGUAAACUCGUCGGAGUGAAAGACAAUAUAUGUACCCGCGAGCUGCCCACGACCUGCGGAUCCGCGAUCCUACAAGACUUCACGAGCCCGUUCAAUGCUACAGUGGUGGAAUUGUUGGAAAAUGCAGGCGCCAUUGUGGCGGGGAAAACAAAUCUAGAUGAGUUUGGCAUGGGAUCCCAUUCAAUACAUUCCCACUUUGGUCCUGUGAAGAACAAUGCCACGACAGAAGACUAUUCGGCUGGUGGGAGUUCGGGAGGAAGCGCAGUUGCCGUUGCUACGAGCCAAUGCCAUGCGGCUCUAGGUACAGAUACUGGUGGCUCCGUGCGUCUUCCGGCGGCAUAUACGGGUAUUCUUGGAUUUAAACCCUCGUACGGGUUGAUUUCUAGAUGGGGAGUGGUGGCGUAUGCAAAUUCGCUAGACACUGUUGGGAUAUUUGGAAGGGACACGGCUACUCUUCGUAGCGUUUUUGAUGUGAUAAAUCGUUACGACAGCCGUGACCCAACUAGUAUACUCCCGAACACUAGGUCGCGUAUCAUGACCGCCGUUAAAGAAGCGUCAAGGAACAAACGUCAAUUACGAAUAGGAGUCCCCUUGGAGUACAACAUUCACGAAUUGAGCGCGGACAUCCGAUCUGCAUGGCAGCGGACACUCCAGCAUCUCCAGUUACAAGGCCAUAGUAUCCAUCCUGUUUCCCUUCCAGCAACUAAACAAGCGUUGUCUGCAUAUUACGUUUCAGCCCCAGCAGAGGCAUCGUCAAACCUUUCAAAGUACGACGGCGUCCGGUAUGGAACCAGAGACAUCGAAUCGGCAGACAACGUCGGUGACUACCUAUAUGCAAACACACGUGGAAAAGGAUUCGGAGCUGAAGUCAAGCGUCGGAUACUUUUGGGAACAUUAUCGCUUAGUGCGGAUAAAAUUGACAACUACUUCAUCCAGGCCCAGAAGGUUAGAAGACAAGUUCAGUCAGACUUUAAUUCCGUAUUCGGUCUUCGAAAUCCCCUCCUACAGACUGGAUCAGCCUCGGGGGAUAUCAAAACCGAAGGAAAGGUCGACGUUCUCCUCUGCCCUACCACCCCUUCUUCUCCACCAACGAUAAAAGCACUGGAAAACGCCUCCCCAACAGAAGCAUACACCAAUGAUGUUUUUACUGUUCCCUCGAGUCUUGCGGGCCUCCCGGCAUUGAGUGUUCCAGUUUCCUUCCUGCGACGAGAGUCUGACGGCGCAUCCUUCCCUGGCUCCGCCGGAAUGCAAAUCAUCGGCCAGUUUGGAGACGAUGACAUGGUUCUAAACGUGGGAGCGAUGCUUGAGAGCAUAGACAAAGCAUGA